AUGUACAGAAUAUUCGUUUUUAAAGAUGCCGAGUUUUUAAGUGAAGGAGCUCAAGCAGGAUUGAGAAGGACAUUAGAGACGUACAUAAGAAAUGCUAGAGUUAUUUUACACUUAGAACACUUGUCAAAAAUUAUUGAGCCUUUAAAGAGUAGGUGUAUUUGUAUCCGAGUUCCUCUCCCUACGGAAGAAGAAAUUCUGGGGGUCUUAAAAGAUAUUAGCGAAAAAUUUUUUAAAACCUUGAUUAAUAAGCACGGUAGAAAUUUGAGGAAAUGUAUUAUGGCACUAGAAAUGACAGUGUAUUCAAAUUCGGCCAAGCCACAUCAAUCCCUUUCGGUUGCUUCUACAUACAUAAAUGAACUGUGCGAUUUUGCUUUUGUAAAUCCGUCCCAAAUAAAAAUGAAAGAAUGUGUAACGAAGAUUCAGAGCUUAAUAACGUGUCAAAUUCCGGUCAACUUUAUUUUCGAAACGAUCAUUAAGUAUUUGUUACGGAAUAAUUUCGAUUACAAACUCAAGUACUACUUCCUGAAGUUGUGCGCGCACUUUUCCUUCCUCUCCGAGAGCUCCUUCGACAAAAGCGUCUCCCUCAUCGCGUUCAUCGUGAACGCCAACACCGCCAUUAUUAAGUACAACUUGGCGAGGAAGUAG